AUUUUUAUUUCAACCUCACUCGCAGUCAUCGGUCAGCGCUCCGAUCGCAAUUAAAAAUCAAAUUUCUAAAGCAAAUUUAAAGCGCUAAGCGAAGUUUAAACCUGUAGUCCGUUGAUUAUUCUAAAGAUUACAUUGAAGCUCAAAAUAUGGGUAUAUUUCAUAGUAAAAUUGCGCCUAUCGACAAGUCAAAUGAACAAUUUAACAACUCCGUUGAUCCUCGUUCGCCAACAAUAAACAUCAAUCGUAGUCCCAUCGGAGCAGAGACCGCUCCUGACAAGCCAAUCAUCACGAAAGUAAGGGACCUAACGGCUGACUUAACCGAAAUUCUCGACGACGCUCAAACACCCGAUCGAGUUGUUAGUGAAAAGCUACAAUCGGUCCUGGAUCCACGGUCGCCGAGUAUAUUCUUACGGACUCCGCUCGUACUGGAUGUAUCGAAUGCUUCAAACAUCAGCCUACGAGGCAGCUCGAUUGAAUACGAGGAAAUCGAUAGUGACGGUGAACUCUCCUUCAAAGAUUGUUCCACGAAUAUUUCGAUGGCGCCGGUCAUGGAUUCCAUCGCAGGCAGUGGUAGCAUUUUCAGUGAUACCAGUUUGAAUACUGAAUUGAAGGCCGACAUCGAUUGCAUCAUUCAGAAGUUGUAUGAUACAGGUAGCAAGGAUCCUCGAUCGCCUUCGGUUGCCAUUCUGCGUACGCCGAUCGUUCUCGAAGAAAUCCAAGAAUCUACAGCAGAAGAGCAAAAUGAGGAUCCAAUAGAAGUCGAACAACCACUUGUAACACAGCAGGAAACUAAGGACGACGUGCAGGAGGAGGAGAAAACUACGACAAACAAGCUAACGAUCGUCAUUCAGGAUGAAAAUACAAAUACACCGUUGGUGGUUACACCAAAACGAGAAAAGUCAGAUUUGAGUGCACGCAAAGCCAGUGGUAUUGUAGGACCCCGUACGCCUUUGGGAUGCGUAACAAAUGUGCAGCCGUUGGCCAGCGCGGGUGGUAACGAUAUGCGCAAAACGGCACUGUUUGGACAAAUGAAGCAGGGUGCUACGGGGCUCGGCAGCAGCGCGGAGUUGAUUCCUGGGAAAAAGUUACAAACGCGAUCGAAAAUCCCCACUUUUCGAAUGAAGUGAUCGAUAUGUAAGGCUGAGAAUCGCGUUUUCAAGUACAGUGUUUUACAGUACAUGAAUUUUAUUAACAACUGUGCUUUCCACAACAUCCAUCGAACACUUAAAUCUAUUCUUGAUUUUACUAGACCAUUCAUCAGAGAGGGCUGGUAAUUUUGGAACAAUAUUAACUGAUGCAAAACUAUGGAACGCAAAUAGCUAAUGCAUCGAGCGUUGUUCUCAAGAACGGAAAUUGACUGUAAUUUGUUUGUGUAAGUUUGAGAAUAAAAUUA